AAGCCUGCAUUCUCGACGAAAACGAUAUUCAUGAUAACACGCUGCUUGGCCUUACGCUCAGGAGGGUUGACGCCAAUGAUAACUGCGAGCACGAUAUCCUUCACCGACACUUUGAAGGGAGAUUCAUCGCAGGACGAUGUCGCAUUCGUGGUAACAUCAAUGCUGAAUCCAUCCGCGAGUAACACAAGUUUGGGAAUAUCGACCACGACUCUCACUGCCCCUGCCGCAUCUCCCGCCAGUGCAAACGCCGCCUUUGUGACAGCAUCGACGAGCCCGCGAACGCCCUCGAAUGGCUCUGCGCCCUUUUUCUCGACGAGUUGGGUGAUGGAUUUGGUGAGAUGGCCGUAGUGCACGGAGUCUUUGACGUCGUCUGACUUGCUUGCGGCGGUAAGGAAGGCGGGGACGAGGUGGAGGUGAACGCUGAUGAGCACGAUUUGGGGGCGAGUGCGGCCCCAGCAGUCUGGUCCAAGCGUAGCAGACAGCUGGAGGGUGUCGAUAAAGACAGUGUCGGCGUUUGCAGUAUCAGUGUUAGAGGAAUCCAUGGUCUCAGUGGCUGUCUCUUACUACGUUUC